UACUAGGAAUCUGUUGGUGUAAAGGAAUCGGAGACUCUUAGUUUAACUUUAAACCAGAUAAACAGAAACAGGACUCAUUAACUUGAACCGUUAUAGGAGUAAUCCUAUGCAGUAACUUAGUCAUCUUUUCAGUAGUUUAGAAGAACUGUGGCUCUAGAGGAUUCAACACUAAACUGCAGCAGCUGUAACUUGUUACCGAGUUUUGCCUCGACACCGACAAACUUCACUGACACUAACUAUGCACCAGAGUUGUACAGUAGAUGAUGUUCAGCAUCAGCCCCAUCUAGCAGAGCCCAGACUUAAAACAGGACCACACGAUGUCGUUCAAGCUGCCAUUGAUCUCACAGCUGGAGCAGCAGGUGGCAUUGCAUGUGUGCUAAUAGGACAGCCCUUUGAUACAUCAAAAGUGAAGAUGCAGACAUUCCCUACCUUAUACAAAGGAUUUCUGGACUGUUUUACAAGUACUUUUCGACAAGUGGGAUUUAGAGGACUUUACCAGGGUACCACACCUGCACUUUUGGCUAAUAUAUCGGAAAACGCCGUCCUUUUCAUGUGUUAUGGGUUUUGUCAAAAAAUUGUAAGAAAAUUGUGUGGUCUUGAAAGUGGAACACAGCUUAGUGAUUUACAGAAUGCAGCAUCUGGGUCAGUAGCCUCUUGGUUUGCCGGGCUUGCUCUGUGCCCAACUGAGCUGGUGAAGUGUCGCCUUCAGGCAAUGUAUGAAAUGGAAGCUUCAGGGAAGAUACCCAAAGGACACAAUACAGUUUGGUCUGUCAUUAAAACCAUCUUUCGGACAGAAGGACCUUUAGGGUUUUUCCAAGGCCUGACGAGUACAUGGCUUCGGGAGAUGCCAGGCUAUUUCUUUUUCUUUGGAGGUUAUGAAACAAGUCGGAGCAUUUUAGCAUCUGGCAGAUCUAAAGAUGAACUGGGCCCUGUUGCCUUAAUGGCGAGCGGUGGCGUUGGAGGCAUGUGUCUGUGGCUUGCUAUAUACCCCAUUGACUGCGUAAAGUCUCGAAUUCAAGUCCAUUCCAUGAUGGGAAAGCAACAUGGCUUCCUCCGAACAUUCAUCCACAUCAUGAGGCAAGAAGGUGUCCUGACUUUAUAUUCUGGACUGACACCAACAUUGAUUCGGGCAUUUCCAGCUAAUGGAGCUCUAUUUUUGGCCUAUGAACUAAGCAGGAAAUUGAUGAUGGACCAGUUUAGCAGCUGAAACCAUGUCAGACCUCUGCAGUUUGCCUUAGCACAGAAGUUAAUUACAUGUUUCCAGGAACGUAUUGAAUCAAAUUAUGCUAUUAUCAUUUUUGUACUGUUUACAACAGGCUCCAUAGCUUUCAGCCAGAAGGAAAAAGGACCGAUUUCACUGGAAGCUUGGAGUUUUCAGAAGUGACCAUCUGGUCUCUACAUGGUUUAUGUUGUACUUGAAUACAGCUACCACAUAUACAGUGUAAAAGUGAGCCUAUGAUAGUGAACUGAUGUUUAAUGUCCCAGAGUCUUUUAGUUUUGUAUAAUUUGGUUUAAGAUAUUGAGAUAGUGUUGACACUCUUUUCUUGAACAUUAAUUUUGUAAAAAAAAAAAUAUAUAGGUAUUGCUAUGUCGGUUUUAACACUGUUUUUGAUAGGUUUACAGUGGUGCUUCCACCCUCUUCUUUUAUGUCUUCCACUUGUAUAAUGGAAAUGUGUUUUUUAACCUUAUCUUGUAAAAUGUCAAGACUGGAAACUGAGAUUCCUUCCAGCGGAUCAUCAUCUCCCACACUCUUAUCAGGAUAAUAAGUGGAUGAACUUGUUUCAGCAUGAUACAUAUUCUUUGAACCUUCUGAAUAUCGUUCCUGAACAGUAUCUCUCUUUUGUCAUGAAUUUACUGUCUAAAAAACUUGGUUCUUAUCUACAGCAGUCUCCAUGUCUGGGUUACCUUUGUGGAUCCAGGAGCUAGAUUACAUGGUCAUCAUUACCAUGUGACUUGAACAGUUGUUUAGUGUUUACAUAUGGCAUACAAGAUAAUGUCAAGCUGCUAAUUGGGUUUCUCUAGGUACUUUCAUAAGUAUUGCUUUACUGUUGCAUGAACAUUAACACACCUGUCAAGUUAUGUAGUAUUCCUCAUAUUUGGUUACCUAAAGAAAUGGUCUAUAGGGUUACAAGGAGCAAAAUAGCUUAGUCUGAUGUGUGGUCAAAUAAGCCAUCAUAUUCCCUUCCAUCAGAUGUAUUAAUUUCUGCUUUCAAGAAGAAAACUUUUGUUGAGCAGAUGAACAGUUUGCUGCCUGUUCUGCAUUUUGCUGUUUAAAUGAAGCAGUUACCCUUCAA